AAGGCAGACCGGUGGAAUGCACUUCCACUCAUGCACAUAACGCCUGCUGACAACAUCCUUGACCUCCCGUGGAAGCUGGUGCCUUUUUCCUGCAUCUCCGAGAAGCGCAACAGGCAGACAACAUGAAGCCCAAAUCUCUUGCAUCGAGGCUGUUUGACAGGAAUGCAGCAGCAGCAGCCAAAAUUCUGAAUGUUGGUGGAGCAAAGUACCAGAUGCACGUAGACUGCGUGGAUCAGACCGAGACACCGGACCACGAACACGGCAAACAAGUGGUGGUGGACUGCAGACAGAAGGAGAAGAGCCCAAAAGAAGUGCACUUCGCCUUUCUGCAGGAGAAGUAUGAGCCGCUGAAAGAAGAUGAGGCAAGAGCGAAAGCAAAAGAGGAGAAGAAGCAGAAGAAGAAGGAAAGCUACAAAAAAAUGAAGAAGAAUGUUGGCAAGGCUCUUCGGUACAGCUGGAAAUGUCUAGUCAUUGGGCUGUACAACAUCAGCCUUGGGUACUCUACCCCGAUUACAGUAGCGGCUUCUUUUGCCCCUGACUUUCACCAAAGCCGAGACAGAACCUGAGCGGCGCUGCGAGGUUCUCUUCCUGUUUGUUCUCUGUACAUAAACAAUAACCCACAAACGCUGACCAAAGAAUCUGAAUAUGUUUCUGAUAUUUGUGGAUUUGAAAUACCUUUUCUAUGUGUCUUUUUUAAAGUGUAACUCAAGCAUUGAUUCAUGUGUUUGUUGUGCUUUAAGAGACUUAGUUGUCUUAAAAUCAAGACAAACUCAUCAUAUUAGUAGGAAAAUUGUGUUCUUUUUAAGAAUCUUGUUGUAUUCUAACCAAAUAACCUUGUCAUCAUGGAUUUAUUUGCACGUAUGCCUUUCCAACUCUUACAAGUAAUUUUGUUAUUCCUGUUAAUUGUUUACACUAAAAUCCUAAUGUUUUGUUGCAGGUAUUACUCUACAGUACAGUUAAAUUACAUGUAUAUAUGCUUUGAACCCACCAGAUUUGCAGAUAUAUGCCGUAGCUACUUUGUUAGGAACAUCAAAUUCUGCUCAUAGGGUGUAAAACUGCUCUUUGCAUUGACACAAAGACCUCUAUAUAUUCCCCUCACGCCUAAGUCAAACACUCAUUAAUCAUCAGAUGGCUUUUUUCACGUGCAGAAUGUUUUUAUCAGGUGACUAGCUGGUGUUUGCAUGUGUCCAGAGAGAUAAUGAUUGCAUGUGGUUACCUACAGCAGGUCAGCAAUAACAGGAAUUUACUGAGGCUGCUGAUAAAGUGAUUGAUUUACAAGCAGGAAGGAUUUAACCAGGUAAUUAUAAUCAGUCAAGGAAACGGAGCUGACGGAUGAAGUCUACUCCCACGGUGAGGAGGAGGCUGGGCCACCCUCUUCCUGUAGAGUUGGGACACUUAAACACAGAUUUCCAGGAUAUUUUUAAUUUCCACAGCUCUGCUGGACAAUGGACAAAGCUGUUGGCAAUGAUGAUGAGGAGGAGGCUAUGAUGAUAGAAAUGGACUUUAAGAGAAUUCUCUGUUGGGAACAAAAUGACAUGACUUUUGAAGGGUGUCCCAAACAUUUCAGUGUUUCUGUAUGUGUAAGUUUGAUCAUUUGUAAAGGUUUUGAAAGUUGUUGUAUUUGUACGUUGGGAUGUAUUAAAGUUUUAUUGUGUGUGCACCAAAA